GGGUGUGAGUGAGGAAUUGGAGUAAGAUGGCUGCUAGAGGAGGGUGAUCUUGAAUCAGGAACGUUAGUGGAGCAUUCAGGAAAAUCUGAAAGACAGACACUGAUAACAGCGUCCCAGGUCGGUGGAUUUGGGGUGAGCGGUUGUGCAUCGGAGACUGGGACCGCAGGGGACACUUGACAGGAGAGUGUUCUGUUAUGCACAGUGCCAAGGGAAAUCAAGGUGGCAGAAAAUAAACAGAAAACACUGCAAAUCCACCAGGAGCUGACUGCCAAACAGAAGGGGACCAUGUGCAAAGCUGUCGCUUCACCUUGAUCACAAGGCAUGAUGGAGUGAUCUUUUAACUUCCUGACACCCCUCCCUUCUCCCAAAAAGAAAACCUGAAAAUGGGGUUUUAAAUAUAAGGCUGAAGGGGUAUUCAGAGAAAACUUGAAAAACCCUUCCAAUAGCAGAGGAUGGCACACGAAGGAGCAAUACUGAUUCCCUGGUUUCAGCACAGCAUUUUUCCACAUUUCUCCAGUAAGCCGUUCUGAUGUCCUGAAGUACACUGGCCUGGCUUUCGAGACGGCAGGAUGCAGGUGUUCCUCCAGCACCUCCAAGGCUUGUGGUCUUACAUGGAGCUGCCUUGGCUGCAGACUGGAUGACAGUGUCAACAGGGAGACUUGUUAGGUCAGCGCAGGGGAUCCCUAACUGAGGAGAAGAGGCUCUGUUGUGCGGGGUGAAGAAGUUUGCUUCACGUGGGAAUAAAGACUGCCUCUUGGGUUCUACUGAGUUUCCCCUUCCCCUCCCCUUCUUUCCCUCCCUUCCUCCCUCCUAUCCCCCGGUUCCCCCCCCUACUCACCCUUGGCUGUGACCUUUCACCACCCCCACCCACCACCCCAUUCCAUGUGCCUUACCCCUGACCCCUGAACUCUGACCUUGGUAGACAGGAUGAGCUGGCUGAGCCGCUUAAACCCACGAGGACCCGGGAAUCGGGCCAGUCGGAAUCCAGUGCCAUCGAGCCCUGUCACAGCUGACCCAGAGACCUGUCUCAUGGUGUUUCAGAACCACUGGCGGCAGGUGUCCUGGAUCUUGGAGCAGCGAGAGGCCUCUAUAACAGGUGCGGCAGACGAGCUGACUGCUGUGCGGAACAACACAGACCAGAUGCUGUGCCUGCUGGCGGAGGAGCGUCCGAGCGAGCAAGGGGGCAUGGGGCCCAUCCUGGAGCUGGUGGUGUCCGAGAACAUCCUGGAGCGGCUGGUGCAGUGGCACCUGCGGCGCGGCUUGGACUCCGACAGCCAGGGGGCGCUGCUCAAGCUUUUCGAGAUGCUGAUCGGGCAGUCCCAGCAGCCCCUGCUGCGCCACAAGCCGGUGCUGCAGCCCCUCCUGUCCCUCCUGAGCGCCUGCGCCGACCCCCAGCUCGGCUCCCCAGCCGUGGAGGGCAGCCUGGUGCUGCUGCUGAACCAGGUGUGCGCGUGCAUGGCCCGCGAGCCCUCCGUGCUGGAGCUCCUCUUCCACACCGCGCCCCAGCAGGGCCCCACCAACCUGCUCAUCUUCUCGCUGCUCGUCCCCUUCAUCCACCGCGACGGCGCCAUUGGGCAGCAGGCCCGCGAUGCGCUGCUCCUGGUCAUGGCCACCUCCGCCGGCAACCAGGCUGUGGCGAAGUACAUCGUGGAGAACUCCUACUUCUGUCCGGUGCUGGCUACUGGCCUGAGUGCCCUGUACUCUUCCCUGCCCCGCAAGAUCGAAGUGCGCGGAGAUGACUGGCACGCGCUGAGGAGGGAAGACUGGAUCGGAGUCUCGUCUCUCGUUCUGUUCAUGAACUCCCUGGAGUUCUGCAAUGCUGUCAUACAGGUGUCUCAUCCUCUGGUGAAGAGCCAGCUGGUGGAUUAUGUCCACAACGGAUUCCUAGUCCCCGUAAUGGGGCCUGCGCUUCAUAAGUCCUCAGUGGAGGAGAUGAUCGCCAGCACUGCCUACCUAGACCUCUUCCUGCGCAGCAUCACGGAGACGGCCCUCAUCAAGACCUUCCUGCGCUUCAUCCUGCUGCAUCGGCAUGACAAUGACACCAUCCUGGACACGCUGCUCACCAGGAUCAGCUCCAACUCACGGCUGUGCAUGGUCUCACUGAGUCUCUUCCGGACGCUGCUGUCCUUCAACUGCGAAGACCUGAUGCUUCAGCUCGUUCUCAGGUACCUGCUGCCCUGCACACAUGUCAUGCUGAGCCAGCGGCGUGCCAUUAGAGAGCCAGAUCUCUAUGGCAAAUCGGCAGAUAAGUUCCUGUCCCUCAUCCCAGAGUGCUGCCGAUUCGAUACAUUGCCCCCUAGUGACCGGGAGGAAGAUUCCACAUUCUGGGCCAAAGGCCCGGGCAGUCCCAGCGUGGAGUCUCCUGUCUCCAAACCCAGCACCCCGUCCCGCCUGGCGAUGUUCAUGCGCCAGCAGAGCGGCGGCAGUUCAGAGCCUCCUCAGUCGCCCCGCAGCGGGGGAGCUACCGGGGCGCUCUCGCCAGACAGCCCCAUGCACCAGGCCUCGGAGGCGCCUGACUCGGAGAUGGGGUACCUGGAGUACCUCCGGGACGCGCGCAGGAACAUCGAGCUGUGCUCCUGGGCCUGCCGGGAUUGGUCGGCCCCUUACGACGGGGAGGACCCCUCUCCCGUUUGUGUGGCGCCUCCCCCCCCUCCACCCAGUGGCUUUAACAUCUUCACAGAGCACUUUUCUAACCAGCAGGGGCUGCCCAGCCGGCCUCGGUCGGACUGGGAGAGCUCCGAGCGUGACAGCGGAGAAUGGGACAUCACUUUUGGCAAGAACUGCAUUAGCGUGACGCCCCGCACCAAGAAGCGCAGCCUGCAACGCGAAGGCCCCGAGCCCACCCCUCCCUCCCUCCACCCGGGGCCUGCCCAGAGGGUGCAGAGGCUCCCAGCCGGGCCAGAGGGCCAGCAGCCCCUCCUUAACGGGACGGGGCAGUCGGGGUUAGAGUCGCGGGACAGGCAAGACGGGGGCAUGGAGGUGAAGAAAGUUCGGAUUGACCCCGGAGAGAACUGCACAGGCCAAAGCCAGGGUGACGUCUGCCCGCCUGAACCACACCGGCUGUAUCAGGGUCAGGGGCCACAGGGCCACGAAGAGAGGACACAGGCUCUUUCUCAGGGGUCUCAGCCUCAUGGUCAGGCCACACUGGGGAUGCAGGCUGGCGAAGGCCAAGAGUCUCUUCCUGGUGAGCAGACGGUGGCUAGGCAGAGUCUGGAGUCGGUAGAGAGCCUGAUCGAGGAGCUACUAGACCGGGUACCGGGAGAUGCCAAUGGAUCAGGUAUCAGCAUUGAGGCUUUCAACCAGGAGCUGACGGAGCUGGAGGAGACGGUGAGAAAGAGGAGGGCCUCCAGAGCCGUGGAGGAGCCCGGCAGCGCCAAAGACUGCGCCCUUAACUCUUCCGCUCACAAGAACGACGAGGAGAGAGCUCCUUCCCCAGAUGGUGACCUCGCAGACCCCAAGCCAGAGAGCACAGGGCCUGCUCUGUGCACCCCAACACGUGCCCCGGGGCAGCCUGUCAGCCAGCCCUACACAGGUCCCUUUGUUGCCGUGCUGUUUGCCAAGCUGGAGAACAUGCUGCAGAACUCCCUGUACGUGAACGUCCUCCUCACUGGAAUUCUAGCACAGUUAGCCUGCUACCCCCAACCCCUGCUCCGCUCCUUCCUGCUAAAUACCAACAUGGUCUUUCAGCCCAGCGUCAAGUCGCUUAUCCAGGUCCUGGGCUCAGUGAAAUACAGGAUUGAAGCUUUUGCGGCAACUCAGGACAACUUCCCAGCCAUGCUUCACAAAGCCAGGAGGUACCUGGUGGCACGUGGGAAACUAGACUGGGCCGACUCUCCCGUGGCUGUGCCAAACCUGCGCCGGUCUGAUACACUAGUUAAAAGCCGGAAAACCUCUAUUGGUGACUUGAUCCUUCGCCACACCAACAGCCCGACCCGGGCCCGUCAGGCAGCCCAGAUGGCAUUUGCCCACGUCCGGGAUGGCGGACAGGUCCUGCACAGUGCCCUUUUCAGGGGUUCGACGGCGAGCUCCGUGGAGCGCCAGACUGAGGCCCUGCGGGUGAAGAAUGCCGUCUACUGUGCGGUCGUGUUCUGCGAGUUCCUGAAGGAACUGGCCGCGCUGGCGCAGGAGCACGCAGUAGCCAUGCCCUUCCCCCGCAGUCAAGGCACAGAGGAGUGACGCUCUUCCAGCCAUCCACACCAGGAGGGCACCAGGAGGCAGAUGCUGUUCCAACUGACUUUUUGAUAGCUGAUAGCCUGUCCGCACAACAGGAUUUGGUUCGUCUGGAAAACAGUGGCGAGGUCAACAUUCAAUUCAGAAAUGAGCUGCAUGGGGUCAUUUGCCAUGUGGCGUUGGCAUCAGUUUGCUGCAUUAGGUUAAAUGAGAAGAACGCAAAGGUCUUUGUAAAGGUUUGUUUAGGCAGGAAGUGGGCCAUACACACAGAUGCUGCAGGAUGUUCAAAUUUCCUGGUAGCUUUGGCAGUAAAUGCAAGAAUACCCAGGGAAUUGGUAUGGAGAGUGGAAGAAAGAAAGUAACCAGACAUCAAGUUUUUUGCAAUGUACUUGUUCUGUUACUGUGGAUGUGACAAAGUCUUAAUGAGCACUCUUCCUCUUUCUCCCUGGAGUUUCCUAGGCAAACUGAAAGAAUGACCAAAGCAGAAUUUUUUAUCAAUUUUAUUAGAAGUUACUAUCAUGAGAGGACAAUCAGUUGGAUACACGUCAGGGUUGUAUUCAGUCUUGUGGUGUGUUCUGCACGUGAAUAAAAAAGAACAGACGUGAUAUUGAUACAAAACAUGCAUAAAUAGACAUGCAGGUCAAGAUGAUUCUUAUUUAAAUAUGUAGAUGCAGAGCCAAUAAACUGUAAAUAACCAAGGGCAAAAAAGUUGUCUGUAAACCUUUUUGUAAAAAAGAAUGCAUCUGAAAUUGGAGUUGUAAAUAAUAUCUUAACAGUUGUCCACACAAGCAAUAGCUUCAUAAAGAUUUGUGAAACCUGCAUUAAUUUAAUGCAUUAAUUUUUGGCAAUGCAUUAAUCAUGCAGCCAUUUAUAGAGUUAAAGCCUUUGCACAAUCCACAUUAUCCAGAUGAGUCCCUCCUCCAUGUGUACAUAGUACACCUUUCGGCCUAGUAUUGUCACUACCUGUGGCACCCUGCCUCCCUCCAGAGUUUCUCUAAUUGAGCUAUUUGAUUUGAAAUACAUAUUUCCUUAUUUGUAAGGAAACUUCACACAAGCUUCACUAAAUUCUUCUGUGAUAUAUACACUAAUACAUCACUGGCUGGAUCCUGACUGAUAAACAGGAACAAUAGAAUAUUCAAUAUUUCUUAUAGUGUAUAUCAAGUAGGCACUUCUAUGUUUUAGAACUGUAUAGAUACAGUACAUGUGAUAACUUAUUCUAGCCACCCUCUACCUGGCGAUGUGUUGGGAUAUUUAUUACAAAGAUUGAGGAAGAUUCCAAAACACACAGUAUUGUAUUUUCCAGAUAGGCAGAGUAAAAAAAAAAAGUUCAGUAUUGCAUAAAGAGAUAAAUGUAUAUCAUUCUUGCAGUUACUGCCACCUAAUGUUUAUCAAGGUGUUUUUUGCAGAUAAUGAAGACAGCUGGUCUAGUACUCAUCCAAAAAAAUGAACCAAGAUACCUUUGUGUUGCAAACACAGGUAAAGAAAGGCAGUCCAUUUCUGCCCUUGGUACAGUAGUAUGUAACGGUAUCUGUAGAAACAAAUAAGUCACACGUGUGAAUGGUCUAUGAGCUGUGGGAACAGUUGAAUAAUGCUGACUGGCACUACUUUGAUACCUUCCUCUGAAAACAUCUACUAGAAGUUGUACAACCUUUACCGUUUUAAAAACGAUUCUGUCGGUGAUGGCACCAUUUUAAAAUUCUCCACAGACCGUGAACUCAUGCCUCGCAUUUGAUAAAAAUAUAACCACGCAUAUGAGCUGUACAUCCAUAUUCAUGUUUAUAUAUGUUUUUAUACAUGUGUGUAUGUGCACACAGGUUGGGCGGGACAUACAGGAAUGCCUUGCCAACUGCCGGAUUACAAACCCACAAAAGCAAUGUGUCCACUUGUGACUCACAUGGCCUUCUCAUUUCAAAUCAACCUUUGUUAUCCUACACAUCACACUCAUCGACCUUUCCGGUAUGAGCUCUUUCAUGCUGUAACUGUUAUACUUAGGGAACGCUGUUCAGUCUCCCCACACUGGGUCCUUGUGCGGUGUCCUAAGAGAUUAGAAGAGGCUGACCCGCUGCUCAUAGAGAAACCUUGAGCGGGGAGGCCCAUGGGAGUUAGACUCCCCUGUUUGCAUAUUGCAAAGUGUUGGUGACCUGUAUGUUGGUGACACUAGCUUUGCGAAAAUGGAGACUGCUGGAUUGAAGACUAGAUCCUGUCAGAAGUGCCAAUAGGAAGCCUUGUGAUUCGUGAGAAGGUGUUGAAAAUCUGCAUCCAGCAUUUGGAGAGUUCUGGAGAGAGAAGGGGUUCGUACCCCUAAAGACUGGGUGGAAAAAUUCAAGAAGCCGCUGAGCCUCAGCAGAUCACCAGGCUGCUGUCAGUUGAAGUGAAGAGUCCAAAGGUGGAGAAUGUCGGUGCUAAUGAAACUCAAAUGUUUUCUAGGCCAGUGCUUAACAGGCCAUUCAUUUUGAAGCUGAGAAGUCUGUUCCAGGAUUCAAGAUCAGCUAUCCUACUUGGUGGUGAUGCUGCAUACCGAAUCCAUGUUCGCAACUGUGGAUUCUCCAGCCUUGUUUCUCCCCUGGGUUUUCAAGAACAGAACCAUAGCUGGUGGUAAUAGUCUUGCUCGUAGGGAAAAGAGCCCUGUCCUUUCUUCUUCUGGAUCUGCACACAGCUCUACCAGAACACAAGUGUAUAUGUUAUCCUAUAUUUAGCUGGCAGCGAAAGUACGACCUUAAGUCACCAUAAUUGACUGACCAAAACAAACAAACUACAGAAAUAGUUAAAACAAUCGACAUUGAGAAUUCAAUCUGCAGUAAUCGAAACAACAGCAUUUUGUUGUAAAAUCUGAAAUAUGCUUCAUGGAGGGUGUCAGAACCCAGAUGUUCCUUGGCAUCAGACCUCUGGUGAUGGGGACGAGAAUGGGCAGCAGAAGAGGCAGAGCAGAAAAGAGCAGAACUGGCCAAUAGAUAGUGUACAUCUGUGUAUGGUAUUUAUGGAUAUAUGUACUGUAGCUUUUAAUGUGGAAAAGGUAGCAGAACAUCAGUAACAUCUUACUGUGUAAUAAACACUGUUUUCUCCACAAGUGAUCAUCCAUAAAGAGUCCUGCAGCUUUCUCGGCACUGUAGGAACUAAAUUCUUCCAGUUAGCACUAUUUAAAUUAAAUCAUAUCCAGUGUGUUGUGGAGGCUGGGGCAUGGGAGCAGUUGUGGGGUGGGAUAGGAAAGGAAGGACAUGAAUACAGAGGUGAGAGCUCAAGGAGGCUAAAGGGUUCGCCACAUUCUGGGAGCAGGGAAUAGAACCAGCCAUCUCAACAGAGUCACUUCUCUGCAUUACCUCCACGUCUGUCACUGAAACACCUGAAGUGACACUGAGAAAGAGGGCAGUGUUUAUCAGAAGACAUUUAUCAAAGUGGAGCCUACUGGUUCACUGCCCAGUCGUGCAGGAAUCGUUUUCAAAUAUAAAAGCACUACCGUAACAUAUCAGUGGCAUAGGACUGAUUCCAAGCAAGAGCCACACAGUCUUCCUGCUCGCAAAUCUUUAAAUACUGCUCAAAUCAACUGGACACCAGCCCAUUUCUGUCUGUCUUCUCCCAUGUUUCCAGAUAUAAGUGUGUUCAUGUGUCUGGUCAGGAAAGGUUUCAGGAGAAUCGUUCUGUACCAUUAUAAAAACACAAAUGGGUGCUUUUUCUGUAUCUUUGUGUAGCUUUGGUAUUUCAAGUUUGAUUUUUUUAUUUAAACCUUAACUGCCUUCUUGUUCUUCUUUUUAACAGUUGUUGUCAAGAUUGGUUUCUGUUUCUCUUGCUGUCUUUUAAAAGAUCGUCCAGCAUACUAUUUUCAGACUGUUGCCCCCAUCUUCUGCUUUUGUAAACCUUAUUCUCUAGCACAGUAGGGAAGGAAAUGUUUUAGUUUCCAGGGCAACUUGACAGGGCAACAGACUCCUCUUGCACAGCAGGUGAUCUGUUUCUGGUUUUGUGUGCUGCACUGCUCUCUCACUACUACUGAUGAAGCACAGAAAAACUGUGAAAUUACUAAUGUGUAGUGUGUUGGUCUAUAGAAAUCUACACAAAUUAUUGUAAUAAACUUGAAAUAUCCAGCUUCUAGUCUGUAUGUAUAUAGCACAUUAUGUAUACGAAUAUACAGUUCAUAAAACCUGAAACAAACCUAUCUGCUGUGCAGAUGUUCCCUGUUUUUUAUACUAGUCAGUGUUACUAAGAGAAUAAUCACCUUUUGCCUGUUUUUAAGCCACUGUAGCCGACACUACCCUCAUCAUAUACAGUAGGUGAUGCAUAUUCAUCUUGGGAAUUCUCCUCAGUUGCUGUUUAUCUGCUCUAAAUAGUGAAAUUUGAUCCUGCAAACCAAAGUGCCAAGUUUGUGAAGUUGAAAUGGCAGGUUUUACACCUGUGUCAGCCAUUUGCCAAAACCAGCAGAAACUGUUAGUUGAACUGUGGGUCUGACUUGUCUGCAUGUUGACGCCUGUUGUAUGUGGAAAUUAGUUCUUGUGCAUAGGCUUAUGCCAAGCUCUCAUGUGGGAGAGUAAUGGGUCAGGCACUUGAGAGAAACGGUUUUUGUCCAUAUUGUAUUGUACACUACACUGGCACAUCCUCUGGCUCACAAGUACACGGUGCAGCACAUAGUAUAAUUAAGAUUGCUUCAUUUGUCCUUGGUUUGGAAUCGCCAGUGUCUUUUGUAACCUGCCACAGUGUGAACGGGUUGGGUGGUGCAGCUCUUUGAGUUCUGCUUUCCCACAGUUAAACAACGACAGGAGGGCUCUGUCUCAUGUCCAAAAAUCAGCCCUGGCAGCUUGACUUCUUUUUUCCUCACCCACGUAGACCAUCAUUAUGCUCCCGACAGUCAAUAUGGGCUAACAGAUAUAAAAAAAUCAGUCAGUUUUUCAUUGCAGUGUUUUCGAUUAGAGGUCUUUUUUUAAAUGUUUUAAGGAUUCCUAUUUUUAUUCUGCAGAAGGUAUAAGAGAUAGCUCAUGCUUUUAUGUUUCAGUGUUUAAAUGUUUUUAAUUAGUAUCCUUUACUUUAAUGUGCCAGCUCAAUGCAAGCGAUUAAACAUCCAGAGUUGCACUUGUUAAGGGCAAGUCACAAAAGCAGUUUGAGACUCUCAGUCCGUCCCAAGCUUCCACAGAUAACAUCCUUGAAAUCUGCAUCUGCCAGCUCCACAGAGCUCUUGGAGCUCUGUAUUUACCUCUUUCUUUCUGUACUGAACCGUAUGUAAUGCAUUUAGAUCCAUAUGUGUUAUAUGAAAUUAUUAUAGGUUAUUCCAGAAGAGAUUAGUAGUUUUCAGUACUUACUGUUCAUGAGUUCCAAUCCAUUGCUGCCAAUGAUUUUCACAAUUUGUUAGCAUUUCAUUUACCUUCUAAAAACCCCUGCUCGUUGUAAUGUAUAUUUUGGUAAAGUGCUUGAUAAGUCUGGUCGUAGAAGAUCUUACAGGGCUUCUUCCCAUUAUAAUUACUGUGUUGCUUUGAUUUAAUCAAUGGUGUCUUUGGUUAGCUCUCCUCAAGCAGUUCUAGAAAUAAGGAUAAGGAAUAUGUCAUGUGUGAGGCUGCACAUAACAGCUGUUGUAGCAUUUGGCUUGGGGUUCUUAUGGAAAAGGUUAAAAAUGACACAGACAUGAUUAGCUCUUCAACCUGAGGAAUUGCUUACAGUGCUUUGUUAAUUAACACAUUGUGUGAAAAAAACUAGUAAAUCAGU